AUGAUCCUCUUCACCUCCAUCACCACUUUCACUUCUUUUCUCUUUCAAAAAGCUUAUCAGUCAAACCUCAACAUCACCAAAACCAACAAAAAGACCAUCAAGAAGUUCAAUCCAAUGGCAGAAGUACACACAUCUACCAUGCUUGAUGACUCUUCUUUUGAUGUAGACAAACUCACUUAUGAAAUCUUUUCCAUCCUGGAAAACAAGUUUCUUUUUGGUGGAUAUGAUGAUCCUAAGCUCUCCAAAGACACUCACCAGGUUUCAAUUCAAGAACAACUUAAGCCCGCCAAACAGUUUAAUGGUGGUAAGGUCAGGAUCCUCUCCAUUGAUGGAGGAGGUGCCACUGAUGGCAUUCUUGCUGCUAAGUCCUUGACACAUCUUGAGUCCUGCCUUCGUCGAAAAUCAGGCAAUCCUGAUGCCUCUAUUUCUGAUUACUUCGAUGUUGUUGCUGGCUCUGGUUCUGGAGGUAUUUUAGCUGCCUUGCUUUUUACUCGUGGCAAAAAUGGUCGUCCUAUGUUUACAGCUGAAGAAGCUCUGAAUUUUCUUGUGAGAAUCAAUAAAAAGAUGAACAGAGCACAAGGUUUUUUUGGCAAAAUAUUGGGUUCUGCAAAAGCCGAGAAAGUUUUCGCAAAAACUUUCGGAGAACUAACUUUGAAAGAUACCAUCAAAUCUGCUCUGAUAACUUGUUACGAUCUUUCAACACAUGCCCCGUUCUUAUUUUCUCGUGCUGAUGCAUUGGAAAUGGAUGGCUAUGAUUUUAAAAUGAGCGAUGUCUGCCUCGCAACCUCGGCUGAUCCAACAAUGGUUGGGGCCGUGGACAUGCGAUCGGUCGACAAGAGGACUAAAAUUGUGGCUAUUGAUGGUGGGAUCGCAAUGAAUAAUCCAACAGCUGCAGCAAUCACUCAUGUGCUGAACAAUAAGCAAGAGUUUCCACUCUGUAAUGGGGUGGAGAAUCUUUUGGUGGUGUCACUUGGAAAUGGAGAGUCAGAUUUCGGUGUUCAGAAUCAGAGUUCUACACCGGCAAGAUUUGUCAGGAUUGCCGGAGAAGGAGCAUCUGAUACGGUUGAUCAAGCUGUUUCCAUGGCGUUCGGUCCCUGUCGGGCCAGCAAUUAUGUUCGUAUUCAGGCAAAUGGAAUUAUAGCCAAAAGGCAUGGAAUUGUGGAAAAAUCAAAGAAAUCCAACAAGAAGGCAGAUUUAUUGGCUAUGACAGCAGAGAUGUUGGCACAGAAAAAUGUGGAGUCUGUGUUAUUUGAAGGGAAGAAGAUAGUCGAGAGCACAAACUACGACAAAUUGGAGACAUUUUCUGGAGAGUUAAUAAAGGAGCAAGAGAGGAGAAAAACAAGCAUUUUACCACCUGUGGUGUUGAAGCAAAAUUCACCCUCACCAAGAACAUCAUCAGCCACAUCUCUUUCAACAUCAUCUUCGUAUUAAUUAGUUGGCCAAUUAAAUUAGAUUUUAGCUCGAGAAAAAAAAAAUUAAAUGUUUUCUCUGCUCCUCGUGAUGAUAGAAGACAUCCGAGACUGAGCUUAGCUGAGUUGCUGAGUGCAAUUGCAAAUUUUUUUGUUUAGCAAGUAUAGAUUUUAUACUAUAAUUUAGAGGGUUUUGUGUAUAUUAUGGAACUGUGAGAUUCUUUGCUGCGAAAUCACAAGGAUGGAUGCGAUUAGAGUUGUUAGCUUGCCAAUUUUAUGUACUUUUUGAUGGAUUUAAAUCACUUCUUGGAUUUAAUUGUUA